AAAACCAGCCCCGAUUACCAAGGUAUAUUAAGAGAUGCCCAAUGUAGUUCAACCUACUAAAUGUACAGCUCAGAUAAAAAUAAAUAUUGCGGAGUAAAAGCAACGCUAGAUGGUGAAUAUUGGCUACGACGCUACACAAACAGAAGCUCCUCGAUGAGUAACGCCACUCGAGCUAUUAUAGAAUAUUUCCUACAGAACGAAGUUGACCUUAUCUAUGAGAUAACCCGGAUGAUCGAUGAAUUACCAGGUUUUAUCGGACUCUGCUUUCCUUCCGCCUGUAGCCGCAGGGACGUUUCAAAAUUCUUCAACUUUAUGACUCCUGUUCUACGAGCAUUUCUGGCGAUUAGCGUAAACUUCACUGUUGGAUCUUGCGAGACCCGAGAAGAUAUCAAUAAUCGUCCUAUACCAGAUACAGCCAUAAUGUUCCUGUGUUUCGUUGUGCUUCUUUGUUGCUUUUGCAUAUUCGGCACAAUCAGUGAUUACAUGUCAACUAAGAAUAAUUCAAUGAUGUCCGUGGUCCGUUGUUUCUCAGUACGAGCCAACUAUGCCAGCCUUUGGCGGGAAGAGGCAUGCCCACUUCGGCGAAUGUUACAUGGACUCAGAGGCAUGGCUGUAGUCUGGUUCAUUACCGGAAACUUUGUCUAUCUUCAUUCAGUGAUGCUGACGAGGAACAUGCUCCUCUUAAAGGACAUGAUCAAAGACCUCGUUAUUACGUUCGUGCUGAACUUUUCGCUCGCCGAGGACACGAUUAUCUUCGUCGCGGCAGUCUUCUUUGCAUUUGAAUUGGAACAAAAAGGAGCAUCAAUUCGCGGCGUCGUUUGUUGCUGUUUGUACAUAGUCCUACAUAUGUUAUCGCUCAUAGCGUUCUGUAUGGGCUUCGUCUUGCUUUUACUGCCCCACCUAGGACAAGGGCCAUCGUGGUCGUUCGAAAUGUCGAGAUUCACCACCGGCUGCGCAGAACAUUGGUGGAAAAAUCUUCUCAUGAUUAACAAUUUCGUAUCACGAAAACAACAGUGUAUUGAACAACUAUGGUUGCCAUCUUUUCUCGUACAAUGCUCUUUCGUCGGGGCAGCCCUCGUCUACUUCUUAAUAACGCGACCUGUCUUUGGAAGGCUGUUAACUUUGGUAACGAUCUUGAGUUCGGCCCUAGUCACUGUGACAAUUACGCUCACUUUUGACUCGGGGCCCACUCUGUUGCUUAGAGAAUACAAAGCUGGGACUCGGCACGUAUAUUUCGACGAAGUGUACACGAAAAUUUAUACGAGGGGUGGCGUUUUCUUCGUGGGCGUCUACCUUGGCCUUUUUCUCUCAAAAUACAAAUCUCUCAAUGUUUCGAAGUGCGAUAACGCGAUAGGCUGGCUGUUGACGGUGGCUGUUUCAAUGGCCCUCAUAUAUUCAACGUACUAUUGGAACCGUGGGCUAAAGCUACCGACCUCAAUGGAGGCUGCAAUAUUUGCUGGACUUCAUCGGCUCGUCUGGUGUGGACCUCUACUCUUUAUGUGUCUUUCCUGUGCCGUUGGAUAUGCCCGAUUGAUCCUCUGGAUGUUAUCAUGGCGAAUAUGGGCCAUUUUCUCGCGCCUCACCUAUUGUAUGCUGUUAUCACACGCUUAUGUGAUCCUGUACUCAAACGGCAUAGCCCGCUCUCCAUUUUUCUUCUCGUAUGAUUAUUUGUCCUACCUGGUACUGCAUCAUGUCGUAUUCGCCAUAUUGGUCUCUAUCAUUUUGUCGCUACUUGUUGAAAAACCCGUAACGGAGCUACUGAAGUUGUGCGGCCUUCGGCCUUUUGAGGCUCAAAGAGUGUCACAAGCGUCAGAGCCUCCUCAGCCCAAGCCGACCCUCCAACCCAUUCUCAUAGUGGCUCAAAAGCCCAAGAGACGUAGCAACGACACUGUUAAUAACAGAGAAACUUGCUUCGAACUCAGGUAACCAUAUGGCAACAAACUACUUAAGUUAAUCAUUGACUGGCAGCUAAAGACAUAAGUUAUCCUAGCAACGUAGUCGGCUUCGUCCGAAAAAAACGUUACCACUUCAUCUAAUUACGCCUUCGACGAGAGUAGCCGGCUGAACCAAAUACAAUUGUUCGACUCGUUUGAAUCAGACAUUACACACGAUAUGAUAACUUCUCCGGUGGCCAA